AUGGCCUACGAAUUGAAGAGCAAGACGCCUAUUUCUAGUCGAGACGGGGUGGCUCUAGCCUCUGACUACGAUCGUGACAAUGCGAAUCUGCAGCGGAUCGCCAAAAAGCCUGUCUUGAAGUUGCACUCUGCUAGGAACUUGGGAAACAGUUCUUGGCACAUUUACCGAACCUCUUACAAAUGGCGGCUCCGGCAGUGCCAUUUAUUCGUUUAUUUUCGCCUGGGUUGGCACCAUUUUGAUGUUCAUCGUCUUCGCGGAAUUGGCCUCAAUGCGCCGACCUCCGGAGGCCAAUACCACUGGGCAGCCAUGCUUGCCCCAGUCAAAUGUCAGAAGGUUCUGAGUUUCGUAACAGGAUGGCUUGCUGUAAUCGGCUGGCAGGCUGCUUUAGCUGCAUCCUCCUUCAUGACAGGACAGAUGAUCCGAUCGUUAGCCAUCCUUGGAAACCAACUCUACAAUGCUCUACCAUGGCAAGACACAUUGAUUAUCUGGGCUACUUUGAGUCUGUCAUUGACUGUCAACUUGAUUGGCGGCAAACUUCUCCCCCGCAUUCAGGUGGUCGUUUUGGUUCUUCAUAUCCUUGGUUUCUUCGCCAUCAUGAUUACCCUCGUGUACAUGGCCGAACCAAACACCGCAAAAGAGGUGUUUACGACCUUUCAAAAUGGGGGAGGCUUUUCUACCCAGGCAUUAUCAUGGUUUGUAGGCAUGACAGGCAGUGCUUUUGGGUUUGCUGGUGGAGAUGGUGUUGUGCAUAUGGCGGAAGAGAUCGCAAAGCCCGAAAGAGUGAUUCCUAGGUUGCGCGAGAUCACUGGCUAUGACUUUAUGGGCAUCUUCAUGGAAGCAACAAACUCCCUCUCUGGCACAAUAGCCAUGUGUUUGAUCGUGAUAAUUUUCUACGGCUGUGCCGUCAUGGGUCUUUUGACCGGAGCAUCUCGACAGCUUUGGUCUUUCUCGAGAGACAGGGGGGUACCGGGAUGGAGAUGGUGGAAACAGGUUUCCACUACAAGACAUUUACCGGUCAACGCCAUCCUCUUUUCAGUGACUAUCUCUACACUUCUGGGCCUGAUUAAGAUCGGCUCCACCCUUGCCAUGUACGACGUCGUGUCGUUGGCUGUGUCCGGCAUCUACCUUUCGUAUCUCGUCGUUGCCACCUUGCUCCUUAUUCGUCGAGUCCAAGGCUACAUCUACCAAUCCAGUGAUUCUGAGGACGAACUCGUCAAUGUACCCGGAGCAAAGUUAGUAUAG